GAGUGCAGGCGGAGACUGUGUCUUUGCACGCAGCAUCACGGAUUUCUCAGAGCAUCAGACGUAGCCUAUUCUCUGCAUCACGUAGAAAACCGAAUAGCAUUAAGAUAACGUUUCGAAACGAGUUUCAAGUUAUUCUGAAUCGACCUUUUAGAAAGGGCAUUUUGGCUGAUUUCCUUACACAUCGACCAAUUUCAGUCCGUUACCUUCAUCCUCUUUAGGGACAAGAUGUUGGAUCCAUCGUCCAGCGAGGAGGAAUCGGAUGGGAUAGUGGAGGAGGAAAGCAAGGAGGUGAUGGCACCCCAGGCCGGAUCCCGCAUAUCUCCAAGCAGGACCAGCGAGAGCUCUGGCGGACUGGCGCCGAGCAGCAGUCGCAGCAGCGCCCGACCAACUAGUCCGAGUCCGUCGGCUGCCAGUGAGCAGGAAAAACAGGAGGUGGAGAAUUUGCAAAGGGAGGAAGAGGAGCGUAAAAAGAAGCUGCAGCUUUAUGUCUUUGUAAUGCGGUGCGUCGCCUAUCCAUUCAAUGCAAAACAGCCCACUGACAUGGCACGGCGACAACAGAAGAUAACCAAGCAGCAACUGGAGCAGACCAAGGGCCGCUUCCAGGCCUUUCUCAACGGGGACACUCAGAUUGUGGCUGAUGAGGCUUUCAUCAAUGCUGUUCAGAGCUACUACGAGGUGUUCCUCAAGAGUGACCGUGUGGCAAAGAUGGUCCAGAGUGGAGGCUUCUCAGCCAAUGACUGCAGGGAGGUCUUCAAGCGGCACAUCGAGAAGCGCGUCCGCAGCCUGCCCGAGAUCGACGGCCUGAGCAAGGAGACGGUGCUGAGCUCCUGGAUGGCCAAGUUUGACACCAUCUACCGUGGAGACGAGGACCCGCGCAAGGCGCAGCAGCGCAUGACGGCCAGCGCCGCGUCCGAGCUCAUCCUCAGCAAGGACCAGCUGUACGAGAUGUUCCAGAACAUUCUGGGCAUCAAGAAGUUUGAGCAUCAGCUGCUCUACCAAGCCUGCCAGUUGGACAACCUGGAUGAGCAGGCUGCUCAGAUCAGACGAGAGUUAGACGGACGUCUUCAGAUGGCAGACCAGAUUGCCCGGGGUGGAAAGUUCCCCAAGUUUGUGUCCAAAGAGAUGGAAGCCAUGUACAUCGAAGAGCUCAAAUCAUCAGUGAACCAGCUGAUGGCCAACCUGGAGAGCAUGCCCGUGUCCAAGGGGGGAGACUUCAAACUGCAGAAGCUCAAGCGGGGCCACAACACCUCCAUCAUAGACAUGGGCCAGGAGGACGAGAACACGCUGUCCAAGUCUGACGUGGUGCUCUCCUUCACCCUGGAGGUGGUGAUCAUGGAGGUGGUGGGGCUGAAGUCUCUGGCUCCUAACAGGAUUGUCUACUGCACCAUGGAGGUGGAGGGGGGAGAGAAACUCCAGACAGACCAGGCUGAGGCCUCCAAGCCCACCUGGGGGACCCAAGGGGACUUCACUACCACACACCCUCUCCCUGCUGUCAAGGUGAAACUGUUUACAGAAAGCACCGGAGUGCUGGCACUGGAGGACAAGGAGCUGGGCAGGGUUGUUCUUCACCCAACCCCUAACAGCCCCAAGCAGUCCGAGCUGCAUAAGAUGGCCUUGACCAAGGCCUGUCCUGACCAUGACCUGAAGAUCAAACUGGCUAUCCGCAUGGACAAACCCCAGAACAUGAAGCAUUCUGGGUACUUGUGGGCAUUUGGCAAAAAUGUGUGGAAGCGCUGGAAGAAGCGAUUCUUCGUACUGGUGCAGGUGAGCCAGUACACGUUUGCCAUGUGCAGCUACAGAGAGAAGAAGUCUGAGCCUCAAGAACUGCUGCAGCUGGAUGGCUACACUGUAGACUACACUGACCCCCAGCCUGGCCUGGAUGGUGGCAGAUCUUUCUUCAACGCCGUGAAGGAGGGAGACACUGUCGUCUUCGCCAGCGACGACGAGCAGGACCGUAUCCUGUGGGUGCAGGCCAUGUACCGUGCCACAGGCCAGUCCCACAAACCCGUCCCCCCCACCCAGGUCCAGAAACUCAACUCCAAGGGGGGGGCCGCAGCUCAGAUGGAUGCUCCCAUUUCUCAGUUCUAUGCAGACAGAGCUCAGAAACACGGCAUGGAUGAGUUUAUCUCCGCUAACCCCUGUAGCUUUGACCACGCCUCCCUGUUUGAGAUGGUGCAGCGCCUCACCCUGGACCACAGGCUCAAUGACACAUUCUGCUGCUUGGGAUGGUUCAGUCCAGGCCAGGUGUUUGUCCUGGAUGAGUACUGCGCCAGGAAUGGAGUGCGGGGUUGUCACAGACAUCUCUGUUACCUGCGCGAUCUGCUGGAGAGGGCGGAUAACGGGGCCAUGAUUGACCCCACCCUGCUGCACUACAGUUUCGCAUUUUGCGCCUCUCAUGUCCAUGGCAACAGGCCAGAUGGAUUGAGCACGGUCAAAGUGGAUGAAAAAGAGCGCUUUGAAGAAAUCAAAGAGCGGUUGCGAGUGAUCCUGGAAAACCAGAUCACACAUUUCAGAUACUGCUUCCCUUUUGGCCGUCCUGAGGGAGCGCUAAAGGCUACCCUGUCUCUGCUGGAGAGGGUGCUGAUGAAGGACAUAGUAACCCCUGUCCCACAAGAGGAAGUUAAAGGGGUAAUCCGCAAAUGUCUGGAGCAGGCUGCUCAGCUUAACUACCAACGAAUCACAGAAUAUGCUAAGAUUGAAGUUGAGAAAAAUGAAAAAAAGGAUCCAAAGGAUCCAGAGAACGUAGGCCGCUUAGUCACGCCUGCCAAAAAACUGGAGGAAACUAUUCGCCUGGCGGAGUUAGUCAUAGAGGUCCUCCAGCAGAACCAGGAGCACCACGCUGAGGCGGCAGUCACAAGUUCUGGAGAUCAAUCGGGAAAAGAGGCCUUCGCCUGGUGGACAGACCUCAUGGUGGAGCAUGCUGAGAACUUCCUGGCCAUGUAUGCUGUAGACAUGGAUGCUGCCCUGGAGAUCCAGUCUCCUGAGAGCUGGGACAGCUUCCCUCUCUUCCAGCUGCUUAAUGACUUCCUCCGGACUGACUAUCACCUGUGCAAUGGAAAGUUCCACAAACACCUGCAGGACCUGUAUGCUCCUCUGGUGGUUAGAUAUGUGGACCUGAUGGAGUCUUCCAUCGCACAGUCAAUUAACAGGGGCUUUGAGCGAGAGUCAUGGGAGCCUGUUAAGAGUUUAACAAGUAAUCUGCCCAAUGUGAAACUACCAAAUGUGAACCUCGAAAUUCCCAAAGUACCAAAUCUGCCAGUGCCAGUAGCAGGACUAUCAGUUAACCUUCCACAAAUGCCUAGCUUUUCCACCCCGUCAUGGAUGGCAGCUAUAUAUGACUCUGACAACGGUUCUGGGGCAUCAGAGGACAUGUUCUGGAAGCUGGAGGCCCUGCAGACCUUCAUCAGGGACCUCCACUGGCCCGAGGAGGAGUUUGCCAAGCACCUGGACAACCGCAUGAAGCUCAUGUCCAGUGACAUGAUUGAGAACUGCGUCAAACGCACAAGGAUGGCGUUUGAGUCCAGGCUGACCAAGAGCAGCAGGUCCACAGACUUCCGCAUCUCUCCAUCCAUCUGCACCAUGUAUAACGUGAUGGUGGACGCCAAGGACCAGUCAGCCAAGCUGUGCGCCAUGGAGAUGGGGCAGGAGAAACAGUACCAUGCUCAGAUAGAUGAACUGAUUGAGGAGACCGUGAAAGACAUGAUCUCCCUACUGGUUGCAAAGUUUGUGGUCAUUCUCGAGAGUGUGUUGGCUAAGAUUUCAAGAUAUGAUGAAGGAACUCUUUUCUCCUCUUUCCUUUCAUUCACGGUGAAGGCAGCAUCCAAGUAUGUGGAUGUCCCUAAGCCUGGGAUGGAUGUUGCCGACGGCUACGUGACCUUUGUGCGCCACUCUCAGGACAUGCUGCGUGAUAAGGUCAAUGAGGAGGUGUAUAUAGAAAGGUUAUUUGAUCAAUGGUACACUGCCACCAUGAACCUGCUGGGGACCUGGCUGACCGAGCGCAUGGAACAGCAGCUCCACGUCUACCAGCUGAAGAUCCUCAUCAGGAUUGUGAAGAAAAAGUACCGUGACUUCCGCCUGCAGGGGGUGCUAGACUCCACCCUGAACAGCAAGAUGUAUGACACGGUGAGGAACCGGCUCACCCUGGAGGAGGCCACUGCGUCCGUGAGGGAGGGAGGCAUGCAGGGCAUCUCCAUGAAGGACAGCGAUGAGGAGGAUGAAGACGAUGACUAGAGCGCCUGCACUGACUCCAUCCCCUCGCUCCUCCCCCCUCUCCCUGUCACCCCAUCGCUCCUUCCCCUUCUCCCUGUCACCCCCUCG